AUGAGUGACUCCCUCCUCGCCGCGCUGUCGUCGCUCUCCAUCGAGCCGGCCGCUCCCAAGGCCGUGUCGCACCAGGCUGCCGAGUCUCAGGCUGCCUGGGGCGAGGCCCUUGCUGCGCUCCCUGCUGCGGAGCUGCCGAGCGGCUACCACCUGCUCAAGACGCUCGUCUUCAAGCCCAAGACCGCCAAGAACGAUACGCCGGUGCCUGUGAUCGUCGUGACGGACGAACAGACGCAGACGAACACGAGCGCUAUCGGCGCACACCUCAAGCUGAAGGAGCUGCGCCUCGCUGUUCCGGAACUGCUGCGCGCGACACUCGACGCGACCAAGGACGAUGUCUCGCCCUUUAAUGUGACCGAGGCGAACGCGGGCAAGGUCCGUGUCCUCCUUGACGAAGGAAUCGUGGGGUCGGAUGUGCCGUACGCCGUCCACGCGCGCUCCGCGUCCGAGACGGUGUUUGUGACCGGCGCGGCGCUCAAGGCCUACCUCGAGAGCACCAAGGUGCCGCUCGAUGUCGCCGCCUUUAGCUCGCUCGCUGCCCCUACCCCGGCUCCGCCUGCCGCGAAGCCCGCCGCAAAGGCCAAGGCGGUGGACGCAAAGAUCGCCGACGCCGAGCUGAUCGGCAUUACGGUGCAAAAGGACCUCGACUUCCCCGAAUGGUACCAGCAGGUGCUGCGCAAGGGUGACAUGCUCGACUACUACGAUGUGAGUGGCUGCUACAUCCUUAAGCCCUGGAGCUACUUUGUCUGGGAGUCUAUCCAGAAGUUCUUUGACGGCGAGAUCAAGAAGAUCGGUGUCCAGAACUGCUACUUCCCGAUGUUUGUCUCGUCGGAUGUGCUCGAAAAGGAAAAGGACCACAUUGAGGGCUUCGCCCCCGAGGUCGCGUGGGUGACGCGCGCCGGCAAGUCGGAGCUCGAGAAGCCCGUCGCGAUCCGUCCCACGUCCGAGACGGUGAUGUACCCCUACUAUGCGCGCUGGAUCCAGAGCCAUCGUGACCUGCCCCUGAAGCUCAACCAGUGGAACAGUGUCGUGCGCUGGGAGUUUAAGCACCCCCAGCCCUUCCUGCGUACGCGCGAGUUCCUCUGGCAAGAGGGCCACACCGCGCACCUGACCCAGGAGUCGGCCGGCGAGGAGGUCAUGCACAUCCUCGACCUGUACCGCCGCGUGUACGAGGAGCUGCUUGCGCUGCCCGUCGUGCCCGGUGUCAAGUCUGAGAAGGAAAAGUUUGCCGGUGGUCUGUACACGACCACCGUCGAGGGCUACAUCCCCACGACCGGCCGCGGUAUCCAGGGCGGUACCUCGCACUGCCUCGGCCAGAACUUUUCCAAGAUGUUUGACAUUACUGUGCAGGACCCCAAGGCGACGGACGAGACGCGCGGCAAGCCCGAGGGCCGUCUCUUUGUCUGGCAGAACUCGUGGGGUCUAUCUACGCGCCCGAUUGGUGUGAUGGUCAUGGUGCACGGUGACAACAAGGGUCUUGUGAUGCCCCCCCGCGUCGCGAGCACGCAGGUGGCGAUUGUCCCCUGUGGUCUGGGUGUCAAGGUUGCGCAGGACGUCAAGGACGCUGUGAACGAGACGUGCACGCGCAUCGCCAACGAGCUGACCAAGGCGGACGUGCGUGCGCACGCCGACCUGCGUGACAACUACAACCCCGGCUUCAAGUUCAACGACUGGGAGCUGCGCGGUGUGCCGAUCCGUCUCGAGAUCGGCCCCAAGGACCUGGAGAAGAAGUCGGUCGUUGGUGUGCGCCGCGACAAUGGUGCGAAGGAGUCGCUCCCCAUCGACACGAUCGCCGAGACGAUCCCUGCGCUGCUCAACACGAUCCACAACGACAUGUACGCGCGCGCCAACGCCGAGUUCCGCGACCACCGCAAGGUGGUCACCGAGUGGGACGCGUUUACCUCUACGCUCAACGCCAAGAACCAUGUGAUCAUCCCGUGGUGCGAGGAGGAGGCGUGCGAGGAUCAGAUCAAGGACCGCAGUGCGCGCACGGUCACCUCGGGCGAGGCGCAGGACGAACGUGCCCCCUCGAUGGGCGCCAAGUCGCUGUGCAUUCCCUUUGACCAGACGCCCUACCCCUCGAUCGAGGGCAAGCAGUGCCCCCAGUGCGGCAAGGCUGCCAAGCGCUGGACGAUGUUUGGCCGUAGCUACUAA